CUGCGUGGGUGUCCGAGGAGUCUUCCUGCUCAUCACGAAUUUGCAGGACCUGCGCAUCAGUGAUUUCCGUGUAGGAUAGAGCGGGCGUGCUCUCAGCAAUCUCACUGCGCGCACAGCAGAUUUCGCUUCCCGCAUCGUCGCGCUGCGAUGGCCUCUGACCGAGGGUGGGGCGGUCCAAACCAGAGAGCAUGGGAGGUUGUGUGGGGGCGAGGGGAGGGGGAGGGGGCGGGGGAGGCGGAAAGCGAGGGGGUAUGGGAGCGCGUGGUGUACAUGGCGGACGACAGGGGCGCGCUGGAGAGACUUAUGAAGCGCAAGGGCGGCGCGGGCGGAAGAUGUGCCGCGGGUCAACAGCGUUUGAUUGGCGAAGCACAAGUCGCCGUCGCUGCACUCGGAGAGUCAGCAGAGGCUAGAGGAGUUGCUUUGGGAAUGACAGCUAGGUGGCAGGGUUUGGCAGCACCUGACGUGGCAGGGAAGGGAGGAGGAGAGACGUGGCAGCGGGCCAAGUGGGGUCUGCAAUGGUUUGAUUCGCCCACUGCUGACGACUGGGAGGAUGGCUUUCCUGAGGACGGCUUCACGGCUCACGAGGCAGGAGAGGCAGCGCAGGGGGCAGGGCCAGUUGUCGAGGGCGGGCAGGGCGAGGGCGGGGAGGGCGAGGGUGAGGGAGAGUACAGCAGGCGCGUGGCGGAGGGGCUGCUGGAGCAGCUCGCCGCCAUGCCUUCACUGCUGCACCCGCCCCCGCUGCUGCCCGCCGGUCCCCCGGUGCCUGCAAUCGCUGAGCCUGCCUCCUCCACGCACCCACCCGUGCCACCCUGCCUUCCCACUGCUGCUCACCUCCCUUCAUUGCCCGCUGCACCUGCAUCUGCCCCACCCCCACCUGCCGCACCUGCCGCACUUGCUGCACCUGCCGCACCUGCUGCACCCGCUGCCGUGUCAGCACCCGCUCGAGCAGCCAUCGCCCCGUCAGCACCCACCUGCACCACAACCGCCAAGUCAGCGCCAAGCCUCGCUUCUCUGCUUCCACCCGUGCUGGACCCCCCUCCUCCGCCUCUCCCCCGCGCCGCCUCCUCCCCUCCUGUUGAGGCCUCGCAGGCGGAGCGGCAGCCGUUGAGCAAGUCUUCACCCGGGCCGGCGGUCCCGGGAGCGCAGAGGCACACUUGGGAGGCGGGGCAGGGGCAGGGGCAGGGGCAGGGGCAGGCACGGGGGGGUGGCAGGGGAGGAGGGGCGGCGGGAGGGUUGGCGCAGCAGCUGCUGCAGCUGACAGGCGCGCCUCCCCCCCUGGCGCAUGGGGGAAAGGGAAGAGGAGGGCGGUACCGAGGGAAGAAGGAGAAGGUUCGUCCAGCAGCAGCCGUGGCAUCCCACAGCUCGCAGGCAGAACCAGUGGGUGCACCCAUGCUGCUGCAGCAGCAGCUGUCACAGCUGCAGGCGUCUCAGCAGCAGCAGCAGCAGGGACAUGCGAUUUGGCAGCAUGAGCAACGAUAUCAGGUUGAGCAGCAGAUUGGGGCGGCGCAGCAACCAUGUCACGCGCCUCAGCACCCAGCGCACCAGCAGCAACAGCAACAUGGCCAGCGGGAUUUUGGGGUGUUUGAUUCCCUGGCAACGGCUAUGGACCGACUUGGAGGGGGGGGAGAGACUCGUGAUAGACAGCCCACGCCUCUCGCCACCCCCCCUGCCCGCACCUCCCUCGCAUCGCUCCUGCCGCCGCUCCCCUCGGGCUCGUCUGCCCCGCCCACCCCGAGAACGCCCGCCGGAGCCUCCGCAUGGGGCAGGGGGAGAGGCCCCACCGCCAACGCAAGCUUGCCAUUCAAGUCCCGACUGGCUCAGUUUGAGGCGAAGCACAGGCAGCAGCAGCAGCAGCAGCAGGGCAUGCAGGCAGGCAGCACGCAUGAAGCAGCCCCUGGCGCACAAUCACUGCAGCACGCAUGGACAGCACCAGGGGAGGCGCAGGCGCCCUGGGAUGGCGGGCAGGCCUUGCAUGUGACUGUAACGAGUGUGAGUUUAGAGGGCCACGUAGCUGUGUGCAUGUGCCAGCAGCAUCGGCAGCAUGACAGCUCAGCUGCUCCCAUGAGUCAGCCUCCAUAUCAGCCUGGCACGAGUUCUGCAUUGGGGGGUGAAAGAGAUGGAGGAGGAGACAGAGGCAGUCAUUUGGGCGCUGCAGCGCCUGAUGAUGCCAGGGAUGCUGGUGGCGCUGUCUCUGCUACUGCUGCUGCAGCCGACCCUGCUGGCGCUUGGCGUGGGCGUUGCAGUGGAUGGGAUACACGGGAUGGAGAUGCGCGGGAUGGAGAUGCGCGGGAUGGAGUUGCACCGAGAGCCGAGAAUCGGCAGAGCCACGCCAUGAAGCCUCGAGAUGCCACCUCUCCACAACAGCAGCCACGCCCCUUCCUUGCAAUUAUCCCCACCACCAUCGCCACCACCCUCAACACCAUGCCAACGUUUGUUGCAGCUGCUACUGCUGCUGGUGCUGCCGCCAGCGCGUCCCAUGCGGCUGCCAUUCAGCCCGGCACUGCCAUCACCCUCCAUCCCCCCUGGUACCACCUCCCAUUGGUGUUGCCUCCCCCCUGGGGCCACACCCAUGCUGUCUUUGCCACGCACGCCACUCCUCUCUGCUGCACCCAACCCGAGGCAGGCGCUGCUGUGGCAGCAGGCAGAGGGGCAGCAGCCGACAAGGGGCUGCCAGUGGAAGCGGGAGGGGGGAUGGCGCCAGCAUGGGGAAACAAGGGCUCCUGAUGAGGUGCAGUUCCUUCCGUGGUUGUACAUACAUCUGCAAGUCGUGCUAUGCUAACUCCACAUACCACGAACUCUCAUACAUGCCCAGUUGCGUGCCCUUGCAACAGCUUACCGCUCAAAAUUAUGUGCGCAUUGUUUCUUGGAACGUCAAAUUUGUUUCCCUUGAGAGCUGCAGAUGGUCCCCCUUGCUGUUGUAGAAUCCAUCAUGGUUUCCAUUGUAGCCUGAUGCUCCAUUCAGUACCAAGGUUGCAAUAUGAGACAUGACGAAUUUACUUGCAGUUGUAAUCUGCCCCCCAUGUGUCUCAAUUCAUAUCAUU